AAACUAAUCAUUGUUUUCAUAGGAAGAGAGACAAAACAAACAAAGUAUUCUCUAGGUUCUUUUCUAAAUUUUGAAUACUAAAGAAAACCAAAAGAACCAUUACUAUAUGUUUGUACUAUUAUCAUUGGUUGGGUGUCCAAAAAGCAAAACCAUAGUAUAAAAUUAAAUUGUCAAAAAAGAGUCAUUAAAUUUUAACUUAUUGAGGAUAUAUAAAAAGACUAGUCCUGCGAUCGUAUUUCCGUAUCAGUGUCAGUGUAUCUCCUUCUUACAAUAAAAUAUUUUCUCUCAUUUAACAAAAUCGCUUCACUUUCCCGAUUCAAUUUUCCCGGAAAAUAUCACUUUCCCGUUUCAUUUUCCCAGAAUAAUCCAAAUCUCCAUCGUAAUCAAUUUCUCAAAACCUGUAGUAUUAAUCAUCAAACCAAGCAUUUAUACUGUCUCUGUUUUCAAUUUCACGGAAACAAAGACAAACAAAAACAGAGCGCGUAAAAACCAAAAAAUGGAGAAGCCGUUCGAAUUCCAUGGCGUGGAGGCGGAGAAAGCGGAAGCGAUGAGGAGAUACAACAACCGUAGAAGCUUCAGAGGCAUUCUUCGUUUAGUCGGCGUAGCUUUUCUGUGUUACUUAUGGUUCCCGACGGUGGCGAUUAUACUACAAACCGUCGGCGACUGGAUUUAUUGGACCGGAGCGGUUUUAAUAACCGAUCGUUCCGUCGUCUUUUUCUUCGCUAACCUAAUCGUCGGUUUGAUUUUCUUUCUCUCCGGCGAGAGUAACAACGAGAGUAGUAGUAGUAAUGUCGAAACAGAACCAGAUCUCUACGAUCAAUACACCUCUUCUUUCUCCACCGUGAUCGCAAACGCCUCCGCCGCGAAAGUUGAUGAUAAUGAUUCGAACAAGCAAAUCGUUCCGACGUUUAACGCGGAGGUUGAUGAGGCGGUUAAGACAAAACGAAUUUCUAGGAGGACUAAAUCGGAGAUAUGCCGGCCGGCAAUGGAGUAUGAGAGAACGGAGUCGGAGAAAGUGGUGGAAGACGAUGAAUCGGAGAAGCAAAUCGUUCCGGCGUAUUUCCCAGAGGAUGAUGAGGAAGUGGUAGUGGAUGAGGCUAAUCGGGAGAUGGUUACAACACCGGGAAUUUAUAGGAGGACGAAAUCGGAGACGAAGAAAGAGAUAAUCCGGCCGGUGAUAGAGAUUCGGAGAACGGAAUCGGCGAAAGAGGUGCCGAUAGAUAGGCUGAGUAGUGAAGAGUUUCGUUUGGUGGUAGAGAGUUUCUUGAAAACGCAGAAGAAGAGAGCACGUGAUUCGGAAAACGACACCGUUCGAUGUCAUGUACUUGGAUCUAGACCUGGCCUCAUUGGUGGCUAUGGCUCGUGCUAGUCUUGAUAGCUGACUUGGAAGUAGAGAAGAGGUAACAAAAAAAGUAAAAACUCACAAAUGACUAAAGUUUGGUAGUAUUAUUCUACUUUAGGUGAUGCUGGUGAUUAUUUUAAAAUUAGCUGGCUUGAUUUUCAUUUUCGAUGGUUUCGAUUUUCUUUGGCACCACAAUGAAAUGAAAUACGGAAAUAGUAAUUUUUAUGUGAAUUUGGG